CAGACUAAGGUGAGACCCCCUUACCUGCUGAGUGCAGUCCUCUCUCGCCUCCCCACCCAUCACCUGCAUCUCACCUGAACUCCUCCUGAGUCUCCAUUUCAACCUUCAUCUUAGGUAGCCUUCUGGAUCGAGAGUCAGUGUAUGGCUGAUGACUGCAAUUCAUCCCUCAGAAUUGAUGGUGGAAGAUUGUGUGAUUUCUGUCAUUCUGGAUCUGGUGAUGUACUUCAUUAACAGCCCUAUCUGAUUUCACUGUGGUAAAGAAGCCUCAAGACUUGGCUCUGCUCCAUCUUGUGCCAACCUCAACAAGAAUGUUUAGUCUGAUGUUGUGAAGUGCUCCUGAGAUACGUCCCAUUGUUUUGGUAUCAGACUGUUCCCUUUAUACCAGUGGAUUGACACUUAAGACUCUGGACUCCUCUAAGAGCUUUUGGAUAAUGUUUGGCCCUGGGCAGCUGGUCUCCACUCUUCUACCUGCAGUCUUCCACUCCUCCGCAGCUCACUUGUUCCCUGCGUUCCCCACCAGACUGGGCUCCCCUUCACAGAUCCUGAUCCCUGGGCCCCUGAUCAGCUAUGAGUCCCUGCGGAGUUACUUGCAACCAGAGCCCUGCAAAGAGGCUCUGUUCCUGGCCACACAGGCAGCUGGGAUGGGGCAGUUCACGGCCAGCAUGGAUGAACAGAGGCCAGUGAAGCAGCGUCGUGCGCGGGCCAACUACAGCAGCUGGCAGCUGGAGGAGCUAGAGAAGACCUUUGAGAACACCCACUACCCUGACGUCUUCAUGAGGGAAGCACUGGCCCUCAGACUGGACCUCAUCGAGGCCAGAGUGCAGGUGUGGUUUCAGAACCGCCGGGCUAAGAUGCGGAGGCAGCUGAAGUUGCAGGGCCAGCUAGGAGAGCCCUUUCCCAGGAAGGACAAUGCCGAGGACACAACAACAGACAAACCCAACAAGAGCUUACCGGAGCUAGAGAGUUCUGACGGCGAGCACUGGGAGAGGAGGCAGGAGAAAGGAAGCUAUCCCUGGACUAAAGUACCUCGUUCUGCUGUGAUGACCACCCCCAUACAGGGUAUGAUUCAGGGGCCAGCAGGGGAAUGGGAGGGGAUGGAGGGGCCCAGUCCAGAAGAGUUCCGCUGCUGUAGCAUUGCCAAGCUGAGGGCCAAGGCCAGGGAGCACGAGGCUGAGAUCCAUAGCACUGUGGUCAGGUCAGGAGGAGAAGAGACAUCAGCACUGCAGACACAAACACAGAACACUGAUGACAGAGAGAGAAACUGAUAUGGCUCUUUCUCUCUGCAUGGCUUUUGCAAACAGGUCCCUAAGACCUCAUCAUGGUUGAGGCAACUUGCCUAAAUACCCCAUCCUUGGUUUUAUUCAUUCUGUGAUUCAAUGAGGAUAUGAACUAACAUUUACAAAAGGUGCUGAUUUUUUGUUUAGUAUUAUAUAAAUGUAUUGUGUUUUGAAAUGCCAUUAUUUUUCUGUACUGGACAUCUUUUUCUAUCAACAAUCACGCUAAACAUGUAUUUUAAAUGCUCAGACUAGGAUGAGGUGAAUAUAUAGUAUUGCCAUAGUAACAGCUUAUAAAUGUAUAGAAUAUC